AUGGUGUCAGAAGUGGCGGAUAGUUCCACCUUCACAAGUAAGACACGGCUAUCAUGGAAUUAUGCGGCAUUCCCCCACCGACCAUGUACUGGUCUAGUUCGAAUUUGCCCUUUGUCCGAAGCCUGGAAAAGGUUUGAACAACAUGUAAAGCUGAUUUUCGCAGGCCCAUUGAAAGAAAAGGAUGAAGAGGAACAAGUCUCAUACCUUCUUCUAUUGUGGAUUGGCGAGAAAGGUCGUGAUAUUUAUAACACUUUUCCAGCAUUUUCGAACGACGACAUGAAGAAACUACAACCACACUAUGAUAGAUUUCUCAGGUACGUUCAACCCAAGUUAAACCCAAUCUUCGCCAAAUACAAGUUUAACAAUGAAGUACAGGGAACAAACACGUUUGAUCAGUUUGUGACUAAACUAAAACUAUUAGCAAGGGACUGCAACUUUAGUGACGCAGAGGAAAUGAUAAGAGAUAGAAUCGUGUUUGGGAUACAAUCAGAAAAAAUUCGGGAAAAACUUAUUAACGUUGGCGAGGUACUCACCCUAGAUAAAGCUGUACAGAUAGCUCAGGCAUACGAGUACUCUCAGGAACACCUCAAACUCAUGGGACAUCAAUCGGUACACGUACAAGCAUUGUCCAAGUCUACACCCCAUGCACACUCACCUGCAGAGAGGAGUGGUAGGAGACCACCCCACCAGACGAAGACACGAUCCACUCCGCCAAAGUGA